GUUUAACCUGUCCUCGAGUCCUCGACCUACGUCCUGGUGAUACGUCGCCUCCUACUUCACUGCUCUCUCUCUUUUCGCGCCUCUUCUUCCUCUUACAGUGUUUUCAGAUCAAUGGGGGCCAAGGCGAAGAAGGCUAUGAAGAAGAAACUCAGUAAGGCCACUUCUUCCUUAUCGGACAAGAAGGAAUCUGCCGAUUUCUUGCCGUUGGAGGGCGGUCCUGGGCGUAAAUUACCAGCACAGAAGCCCCUGGAAAAUACUGCUACUGUUCUCUACAUUGGUCGCAUACCCCACGGCUUCUUCGAGAAGGAGAUGGAAGGGUUUUUCGGACAGUUUGGGAAAGUUAAAAGAAUAAGAAUUGCUCGAAAUAGAAAGACUGGGAAGUCGAGGCAUUUUGGAUACAUUGAAUUCGAAUCUCCAGAGGUGGCAAAAAUUGUGGCUGAUUCUAUGCAUAACUAUUUGUUGUAUGAACACCUUCUGAAAGUACAUCUAAUUUCUCCUGAGCAUGUUCAUCCCAAACUAUGGAAAGGUUUUAACUAUCGCCACAAGCCCUUAGAUUGGUCUGAACUUGAGCGUAAGCAGCAUAACAAGGAAAGGACAUUGGACGAGCACAAGAAGUUAGUAGAGAGGAUCUUGAAGCGGGAUCAGGCUAGAAAGAAGAGGAUAAGAGCUGCUGGGAUUGAUUAUGAGUGUCCAGAAAUUGUGGGCAGUGUCCAACCAGCUCCCAAGAAGAUCAAGUUCGAUGAAGAUUAGAACAAGCGUUCAGUUCGUAGAAGGCUACAAUAUCAUCACACCACAGGAAGGAGGAGAGAGCGGAGGAGGGGGGCGUGACGAAUGAUGAUGAGCCCUUCCAUCUUUUCAAUUUCAUAUGCUUGAGGGUAACCUUCCCAAUAUCCUUGAAUCUCCAAAUUUGAUCUUCGGAAUUUUGUGUCAAAACAUAUUUUGAACUUUAGUAGUAUGAAUUUCCUUCUAUAAAAAGAAAAAAAAAAGUUAUGUUGAAGCUUUAUGGCUUACAA